GGCAACUUUAUAUGAGGCGAGUUGAGCAUUUGCCGGCUUUAGUAAAGAGAGACUGUUGAGCACGGCAGUUUACGAGUUUUUGUCUGAAAAACUCAACUGGCUUGUCUUUGUGCUCUGGAUGUUUUGUCUCUUAAGUGGCGUCUUAGCUUGUUCGGCUUCGAGCUGUCACAAGCUAGCACGCUAAGACAGACGACACACUGCGGUCUCUCCUCAUUACCCACCGUUGCACAGGUGAAGCCCAAGACAAGGUGUGGGAACUUCGUUUCGUUUGGAAGCACAUUUGGCUGGAUGCUUCAUCUUCUGCUUUAGGUGGUCUCCUGCCACAACCUCUGAUGCUACCCAGUGUCCUUCGCAGUGCUCGGCCCAUCUCCUCCCGUCUUGCCUUAAGCCGCCCUCUGGGCCACUUUCAACCUCACAUGGAGCCGGACCCAAGUAGGCCCGUUGCGAUGGCUAUCAGAACUAAACUGACCGACACACUUAAACCGGACCACUUAGAGGUCCACAAUGAAAGCCACAUGCAUGCUGUGCCACCUGGUUCUGAAUCCCAUUUCCGUGUCCUGGUUGUCAGCUCUAUGUUUGAGGGUCUGCCUUUGAUAAAGCGCCAUCGUCUGGUUAAUGAGGCUUUGAAGGAGGAGUUGAGUAGCUGCGUUCAUGCACUGGCUAUCCAGGCCAAGACUCCUGCGCAGUGGGAGAGCAGCCCCAACCUGGCUAAGAGUCCACCUUGCAUGGGAGGCUCAAAGGGAGAUCACACAAUGGAGGAGAAACUUAAGGCUGGGCGAGAGCAAGGUGUUGGAUUAUGAAGCUGUUGGACUGAACUGUGAAGAAUGCAUGUGAAAAGUGGUGUAACUUUGUGUAUGCGUUCUCUGUUUUGUGGGAGUCGUGGAUUCAACACGAAAAUUAGCUUCUAUUGUUUUCUGAUCAAAAUUAAAUGAGACAUUGUAACCAUUAAAUCAGCAUGGCAUAUUUUGCACUGGUGCUUCACUGCUGUUCAAUAUACACAAUACAGAAGAAAUUCAUUGAUUGUGUGAGCUAAAGUGAGGGAUUUCCAUAUCUAUGCUUCUGCUAAUGGGUCUCAGUGUCAUUGUUUUUAGAAGUAAUUACUAAUUUUAUUAGCUCCCAUUACAUGAACAGCAAUGGCAUUUGCCAAAGAGUGGAUCUUCAUGACUGUAUUUCUGCAACCAGGCAGGACAAGAAAUGUUUAAGAUAGCUGGCAACCAAAUAUUUGUGAGUGGCAGGAGUAAUACAUGUAGUGUUCUACACCAGCAAGACACAUGAAUCUGUGAACUGUGUUUGGCUAAAACAAAAAGCAUUAAUAAAUGUCAGUUCAGGUUCUUAAA